UGUAGGUGAGCUGCUCUGGAAUUAUCACAACAUUGAUUACAAAAAAUAUUGUCACUUUUAAACAUAUGCUUCCUCUAAUAAUAGGUUAACUGAAACGAAGGUAUUCAUCUUUGAUUCUUCACACAGAUUUAAAUUACAAUGUUGAAAGUUAUGCUUCAGAUUACUGUUCUGAGAAAUUCUACCUCGAUUGAGGUGCUGAGAUAGAACUUCCCUUCGGCUUUCCGUACUUGGUAAUGACGCCCGUUUUUACUUUGCGGAAGUUUGUGUUUCGCUGUCAAGUUAUUUAAAGCUAGUUUGGGCUGCUUUAGAUCACAGAACCUUAUUCCUUCACCUACACAUUAAUAAUCAACAGAUGGUAAACCAUGGAUCUCAGUCCGGAAGCAAUACAGAAGAUACUGUCAAGGUACAAGUUUCGUGAUGUUGCUAUUGAGGAGCUGCAGAAAGUUCACCAGAUUCAUCCCGCGAUGAAACCAGUAGCUGGCACAUACACUUUCAGUGACGGCACCCAAAAAGAUCUGCUGAAGUUGAUUGGCAACAUACCGGUGAAAUAUGAAGGCCGUUCAUACAACCUGCCCAUCCUGCUGUGGCUGAUGGACUCCUUCCCCUUCACCCCCCCUAUCUGCUUGCUGAGGCCUACCACCAACAUGGUCAUCAGGGAGGGGAAACACGUGGACGCCAGAGGACGCAUCUACCUCCCCAGCCUCCACAACUGGGACCAUCCCAAGUCGUCUGUAGUAGGUCUCCUGGCUGAGAUGAUCUCCCAGUUUGAGGAGGAGCCUCCGCUGGGCACCAAGUCCACAGGAGACAACAGAGACCCCAAUGAGCUGCUGGCCUUCGUUUCCAACCUGAAGAUCAAUGAAGGUGGAGUACAGCAUCACGAUCAUUUAAUCAACAAAGUCACAGUCAUUGGGGGCGGAGACUUGGGAAUGGCAUCAGUGAUGAGCAUUUUGGCAAAAGGUAAAGUGGAUAGACUAGUCUUCAUUGACGUAGCCGAGAGCUCCACCAAAGGUGGUAGCAUGGAUCUAGAGAUUUUCAACUUACCAAAGGUGGAGGUAUCUAAAGAUACUUCACUUUUGUUGAAGAACCGUUUGUUUUCCAAUGAUAGACCUGUCGCGUCUGCCGACUCCAGUGUGAUCGUGGUGACGGCGAACGCGUGGAGCAACGAGCAGUCGUACGUGAGCGUGGUCCAGACCAACGUGGACAUGUACCGGGGCAUUAUCCCAGGCCUGGUCCGCCUUAGCCCCAACGCUGUGCUGCUCAUUGCCUCGCAGCCAGUGGACAUCAUGACUCACGUGGCGUGGAGACAGAGCGGCCUGCCACCAUCCAGGGUGAUCGGGGCGGGGUGUAACCUGGACUCUGAACGUCUCUGUCACGUCCUGGACAUCAGUCUCAACACACACAAACAGGCCUGGGUCAUAGGAGAACUCUCAGACAACAAGGUCCCUGUGUUGAGUAACAUUUUGAUGGGGGCUAGUUACCAACAUCCAGAGAUUGCACCCAGAUCCAAAGCGACCAAACCUCUGUUAGACAGGGCGUUUGAGAUGCUGAAGGGCCGUGGCCAACGCUCGUGGUCCGUGGGUCUGUCUAUCGCUGACAUCAGUCACAGUAUCCUGGUGGACCAGAGGAAGACUCACUCGGUCUCCACACUGGCACAGGGCUGGGGCGGUAUCGGUGCGGAGGUGUUCCUCAGCCUACCCUGUGUCCUGGGGGUGUCGGGUUCAACCCGUCUAGCAGGCGUGUCCCUGGGACAGGAAGAGGACGCCAGACUGAGGGAGAGUGUCACGUCGCUCUGUGCCCUCCUCUCACAGCUCAGGAUAUGAUGCCCUGCCCCGGGCAGCACACACAGCCAAUCAAUCUGACUGACGAGGCCGUCAGCCGAUCAGCAUGGAUGAGCGUUCUUCAGUCCUUGGCCCUGUUUCCUAAAAGCAUCUUAAGGCUAGGUUAAUCUUAGAACAAUAGGAUCCUAUGGUUCUAAGCCUUAAGAUGCUUUUGGGAAACCAGGUCUUAGACCUGGAAGGCAGUAGGGUGGGCAGGUUUUUUCCCCAGCCCUGUACUAAUUCAUCGGAUUCAGCUAAUCUACUAAUUGUCAAGCUUUUGUUUAGUGGAAUCUGUUGUUAGUGCUGGGUUGGAACCUUAGCAUGCACACACUGGCAUAGAUGACGAGAAAGGGUAAAGUUCAAGUGAUGAAGGAUUUUACUUUUUCGUAGUUUUCCAAAAUAAAAUGUAAUCUGGUUGAAUGGUGAGGGUAACUGUUCAUUAUUUAUGAAGAAAAUUGUAUGCAAAGGAAUCUGAAAGAUGUCUUUUACAUAUUUAACAUCUUAUUUACGUAUGCCUAUCAUUCCUGGACUUUUUAGAGAAGGAAACAAAAAUCUAAAUCUUAAUUUACCAAAUAUUGACUUGGUGUCAUUACUAUUACGUUGUUAUGCACAUUUGUACAGUGCUCUUCUUUGCACUCCACAUCCCCUAACCACAGUAAAGGUGUGGCUUGUUGUUGAAAUAUAUGCCGUGUUCUUUAGGCACCAAACGGAACAUGGAGGGACUACCUGGACUUGUCCAAUGUUUGACUUUUCCGAUUGCGUGCCGUAAUGAACAUGACCUAAGCUUAAUGGCCUUACGCUGUUUUUCACCAUGUUAAAUGGCUUUAUAAAGUGCCUUCUGUUUAAUAUGCCUUGCUGAACUACUUUCCUUUAACAAUGUGCUAAACUACCUGCUGUGUGUGUUAAGAAACUUUGAAACCUGGUGUUGUACAUACACACUAACUGCUGGAGAUUAAAUACUAAAGUAAAGAUUUGUAUGUUUAUUAACCCUUUAACUGUCUCUUUGAAUGUAAUUGUAAAAAAUAUUUCACCUUAAAGGUCAUUAAUAACAACUCAUAAGAACUUCUUAUCUGUUUUUUACUGAGUUUAAUUUGGAAAUUACAGGGCUCUACCAGGCAGUUGAGAAGUCAAUGCCACAUCAGAAUGACAAUUUGCAUAGCAUUUUAGUAAUCUAGAACAUACUAAAAAUUACUUUAGGUCUACUUCAAAUGGCUUUCAUAGGUAGGUAAGCGUUAAAUGAGGACUGAUGUCGAAUUUCAGCAAAUUAUGAUAAUUGUAUCAACAUUAAUAUUCAUGUGUUUUCAGGUGGUGUAUAGUGCAAUCUCCCCUAAAUUGGUUUUCUUCAAUUUCAAAUGAUUUAGGUUCUUACAUGUUUCUCACCUUCAGACUACAUGUAAGGGAUAAUCAACGAGGAGCUAUGAGUUCUCUGGAAAAUAAUGAAAUACGUGAAGGAGUUACAUUAUUUUCCAUAGAACGCAUAAAGUCCCGAGAUGAUUAUGCCUUUUAUACCAUGGCUAUAACUUAACACAUUUACCGCUAGAAAUGUUCAUUUGCAGGUAGAAAUGUUCAACAUCCACAUAAUGAACAAAAAUAUAAAUAACAUAUGAAGUGUUCCCUUGUUUCAUGAGAUGAAAUAAGAUCCCAGAAAUGUUCCACAUGCACAAAAAGCUUUCUCUUAAAAUUUGUUUAUAUCCUUGUCAGUGAGCAUUUCUCCUUUGCCAAGAUUAUUCAUACACCUGACAGGUGUGGCAUAUAAAGAAGCUGAUUAAACGGCAUGAUCAUCGCACCUUGUGCUGUAGACACACUAAAAUGUGCAGUUUUGUCACAACACAAUGCCACAGAUGUCUGAAGUUUUGAGGGAGCGUGCAAUUGGCAUGCUGACUGCAGGAAUGUACACCAGAGCAUGUAAUGUUAAUUUCUCUCAUGUGCACUCUCUCUAAAUCCCCAUCUUGUGUAACACGUGUCAUAUCGUGUUGGUCCGCUAGGGACCUGUUUCAUUGUACUAAGUUCUAAUCAAUAGCCUAGACUGUGUUUAUGUAUGUUAUCAUUUAGCUUGUUGGUAAAUAAAUAAUUAACUCAAUUGGUCUGGUACAGAAUGAUUUAGUGAGACCUGGGUUUGUGCAGAUUAACGAAUUAUCCGACGUAGAGGAAAUUAAUUAGUGACUGCUGUAAAAUCAAUAUUCUGAUUGUGUUAAUUUGGGAAACGGAAACUCAUUAAACAAACUUUUCCCUUGGUG